AUGCCACAUAAUCGGUCUAAGGCUCAGGCUAAACCUGAACCUGAAUCUGACGGUAAAAUGUCGAAAGCUGAUGCUGGUCGUUUGAUACACAUCGCAAAAAACCGUGAACGCGCAAAAGAAGCUAUCGAACAGAGACGGAAGAAAAUUGAGGAGGAAACCGAAAAUUUGAAAAGUGGAAUAAAAUCGAAGUUUACUGCCAAUUACGAUGCUAUUGAAGAAUCGCUGAAGUCGAGCACCGUUGGAUUAGUUACAUUAGAUGAAAUGAGAGAGAAACAGAAGGAUGUCAUUGAAAUGAGAGAGACACAGAUCGUGACCGAUGGAACAUCGAAGGUGUUGGAUAAACGAAGAAAGGCAACUGAUAGUAGUGAUGAUAAAGACAAAAACCAGAAGAGAGUUCUGUCAUUUGCGUUCGAGGACGAUGACGAAGAGUGUGAUGAGCAGUCAACGUCAACGUACGUUGUCCCCAAAAAGAGAAUGGGUAUGGAUCCAACGAUCGAAACUGGCUUUUUACCGGACCGAGAACGUGAAGAUCAAUUGACAAAAUUAAAAGAAGAGCUAUCGAAAGAAUGGAAGAGGUUACAAGAUAAGGAGAAGAAUGAAGAAAUAAACGUGGCUUAUGCAUAUUGGGAUGGUUCGAGUCAUCGCAAGGACUUGCGAGUCAAGAAGGGAUAUACCAUAUCACAGUUCUUGAUCACUGCUUUAGAGGUGCUGAAAAGGGAGUUUAGCGAGUUGAGACCGGUGGUGGCUGAGAAUCUGAUGUUUGUCAAGGAGGAUCUCAUUAUACCGCACUUCUAUACAUUCCAAGACUUCAUUGCUACAAAGGCAGUUGGUAAAACUGGCCCUUUAUAUGAGUUCGAUGCGGCCAGUGAGAUCAGACUCCGUCAAGAUGCUGCCAUCGACUGUGGUGAAUCCCAUCCAGCCAAGGUAGUACUGCGGAGCUGGUACGAAAAGAACAAACAUAUAUAUCCGGCAUCACGUUGGGAAGCAUUUAUACCGAACAAGGAAUAUCGCAAAACAAUUGAUGAUCUGAACACAAUUUGA